UUGGCCUGCGACGCGACAACAUUCGUGCACAACAUAUUUGCGGAAUGGCAGGCUGGAGUCUCCGUGCGAAUGCCGGGCGUGGCUCUGUGCCCGAUUUCGUCGCGCAUUGUGUGCACCUUGAGCCGCAUCGUAUUGUUGCGAUUCGUUUGGAUUUGUGAGGGCGUGCCUGUUUGAGAAAAGGAACGGAUCGCAAUGGCUACAAGGAGUGCAUUGAUCCAGCAGCGCGCGUGUGGUUCGCUUGGAGCCUUGGAGGCGACAUGGUGGAAGAACGAGCAGCUGGUGGAGAAGCCAUUUAAGCUAGGGCUGAUGCGAGGAUCGAGUUUACAAUGUCGGCCUCGCCCUGCGAUGAAGGCGUUGAUCAGCUCGAGCGGCGAGGUGCGGGCUGUCAAAGAAGGGACGCUGGCGGAGCCUCCUGUGGAAGAGUUGCAAAAUGGUGCACACUCAGUGCCGGCGGCUUUACGCGUUGCCAGUACUCCGUCUAAUGAGCAUAUAGGCUACGGCUUUGUGGACGAGAAGAACUUUUACAGGGAGCGCUUUGUAGUGCGUUUCUCUGAAGUCGGCAGUCGUGGAACUAUGUCGUUGGAAAUGCUCGCGUCGUUGCUGCAGGAAGCUGCGUGCAAUCAUGUUGUGAAGAUUGGCUAUGGAGCCUUCGCAGGAAGGUCUGAUCGACUGAUAACAGUCACAACGCGGAUGCACAUCGAAGUUGAUCGAUAUCCAGCGUGGCAAGACCUUUUAGAAAUAGACACUUGGUAUUGCACGGAGCGGAGGAACUCGGUCAGAAGAGACUGGACGGUGAAGGAUGUGAAAUCUGGCGAAAUCAUUGCAUUUGCAACAAGUACUUGGGUUAUCAUGAACAUGGACACGAAGGCUAUUCAGCGGAUCACGGAUGCGAUACGAGAUGAAUUUGCUCCUUGGGCGAGGGACCCUCCAAAGUGGGCUCUGUCGGAAGAUCGAAUUAAAACAAGCUCAGAGCGUAUCCCAAAGAUUAAUGGAGAUGCAGAAUUCUAUAAAACUGGACUUUACCCAACAGAGCGAGAUCUUGACAUGAAUCAACACGUCAAUAAUGUCAAGUAUAUCAGCUGGACAAUAGAGAGUUUACCUCUUGAGUUCAGAGAAACUCACAUGAUACAUAAAAUCGCUCUUGAGUAUCGCCGAGAGGUUCAAAAGAAUGACACUCUCGAAUCCAGGGCAAAGAAAGAGCUUCUCAAUGAUGGAGCCUUGUUAGCUGGAGACACUCAUGAAGAACAUUAUAUACAUGUCAUCAGGAACCAGGAUGGCCAAGAAAUCAACAAGGGACGCACUAUUUGGACUCCUGUACAGAAGUGAUCGGUCCAAUUGAAAGUGAUCUGCAUGUGAUUAAAUGUUUCGUCCAACAUUAUCGUCUAUACUUGCGGAAACAGGGUUUUAGCUUUGAACGUUUCUCAAAUGCAAAUUUAUUGAACCAUUGUACUUUAAUGAGCUAUUGACGUGUCAUCAUAGGAAAAACUCGUUACGAAAUAGAGUUAACUGGCAACGCUGCCAUCUUUGAAACUCUUGGUCGUGCUCUUCAACGAUUUCGAACCUGCCAGGUUUGUGAGGAACAUACUUUUUGACAUGACAUCCGGCAGUUUCAAUUUCACGUUGUUUAGUUCUUGUGUCGAAGUAUUUAUUAGAAAUUUACACUGGAAUUGGUUAUGAUGUUGUACUGAGGCCAGCACUCAGUGUGUGAUUCUCUCCAUUUGCUGAAGAAUUCUACGCUCGUCUACAUCAGAGGGGACAGUUGAAAUACAAUACUUGCACGAUCAUGUGUUUUUUUGGAGGCUUACUUCAGAAUUCCGACGGUGUGCAACCCAUUUUUGGGAUCAAUACGCACUUUUGUUGACUUGUAUUGGGCAAGUAACGUAUAAAUGUAUCUGAUUGUCAUUUAAAGGUUCACCCGAA